CCCGUACUUACAAACCCUGGGAUUGUUAAUCUCCGGAAUGUUGCCCAGUUUACUCAUUUUGGACAAGGGAAUCAGAUUAAACGGCCUACUCUGGUCUCACCUGUUCAGGUCAUCCAACCUGCUAUGAUCUCUGGUCAAGUUGUUGGCUCAAUUUUACGACCAGUGCUCGUCCCUCCUCAGGUUGGACGUCAAGCUGGGCGUCAUGCCGUAGCUUCGGCAGACUUGCGCGAAGCAGUUCUUCGUACGGUCGACCAACAUCGAGUCGUAAACGUUGUAUCAGCCCCAUCGAUUACCUCCGCAAACGUUUUGUCCACCCAUCAUCAGGGAUCACGACUAGCCGGCACUGUCAGCAAUUUACCCGUCGCGGUCGACGUAGUUGGCAUUCAGCAGGACAAUGCUUUACUCGAAGAACAGCGGCAACAUCAUGUACUAGCCACCGCAAGUACCGUCAAUACAGAUGAAUUUGUUCAGUAAAAAAAUGUAAAAAAGUCUAGUUUAACUCAUACCUUUGAAUAAACAUAAUCGAAAAACCCUGUACCUCACAUCCAUGAAAUCUGCCAACACAGCGCAGCAGACACAGUUAACGCAAAAUGAAGAAGAAAAAAGU